GAAAACUAAAACCGUCAAUAAAAUCCAGAAGCUUUGAGUUUCUCGUUUGAGUUCGUCAACAAAAUUAAUUAAGAGGAGCAUAUUUUUGAAGUAAUAAUUAGUAAUAAUAAUAUAUAAAAAUAGAAAACCCAAAUUCCCUUUAUGUGUGUGUAUUUUUCAGAAGAAAAGGUGGCGAAAAGAAGCAAAAGAAAUGGGGACGAAGAGAGUAUUAUUAAUAAUACUAGCAUUGACGAAGAAGGUAUGAAUAUUAUGAUGAGAGAGAUUUUGAGCCCAAUUAUACCGGGUUUUAGCAGAGAGCAAGAAAUGCAUGAGAUGGUUUCUGCUCUUACUCAUGUUGUUUCUGGUGCUUCUUCUUCGUCAUCAUCGUUGUUGUCGUCGUCAUCGAGUUUUGGGGUUAAAAGAAGGCAUGAUGAUCAAGAGCAUGGGCAUGGCAUAUUCAGUGAUGUGAAACCGGUUUCUUCUCCAUAUCCGUAUCUUCUGAAAGGGGGGCCAAGCUUUGUAACAUCAACUUCAACAACAAAAACAAAAACACGAGCAACAUCAACAAUCACAUACACUCAUCAUAAUUCCAUAAAACAUGAGGCCAUCAACGUAGCACCACAACCACCACAAGUUGGAGGAGAGCCAACUAGGAGGAAAUACAGAGGAGUUCGACAAAGGCCUUGGGGCAAGUGGGCAGCUGAGAUUAGGGACCCCUAUAAAGCUGCCCGUGUUUGGCUAGGCACCUUCGACACUGCUGAAGCCGCUGCCCGAGCCUAUGACGAUGCUGCUCUACGAUUCCGUGGCAGCAAAGCCAAGCUCAACUUCCCUGAGAAUGUCACUUUCCAAGAUAUUCCGGCGAAUAUCCCGCCGACCCAGUUAUCCUUCUCCGGUUCUCCGGCACCACUUUUGGCGGCUCCUAGGAAUUCUAACCAAUCAAUUCAGAAUCAACCGCUGGGGUAUAUGCAAAUGCAAGAGUUAGAGGAAUACAAAGAUUACAUUGAUUAUUCAAGGAUAAUUAGUGGUAAUUUCGAUUCUAAUGAGGGUGAAUUAAGUUAUUUGGAUGAAAUGAUGAUGUCAUCUUCUUUGUCUUCUCCACCACUUUUACCGCCGACUACUUCAAUGGGUGGAUCCUCUGUUUCUCUUCCUUCUUCAUCAAUGUCAACCCCACCAUUAACCUAUUUCACGGCUGAGAUUCCUCCACGUGGAAGUCAAAAGAAGAUGGAUGAGUCUAAGGAUGCAUCAUUUGGGUCAACGUAAGGAAAGAUGAUAUAGUUUUGUUUGGUUAAGUUUGGAGUAAUGCAGCUCAAUGUAGUAGUCUUGUUAUUGCCCUUUGGCUCUGUUUUCCCCUGUUUGGCUGUUUCUUUCCUUUUUGGGGGGCGUUUCGAAUUUAGACCUUCCUUUUUGGGUGGCCUUUUGAGUUUUGAGUAUUGACUUUGAUUAGCUUACUCCCGGUCAACUACAGACUAUAUUCAUGCACUCACUUUAUUAUUACUAGGUAAUGUUCAUGUAGGUGAUGUGUGCACGAUAAAUAGAGUUAAAAUCAUGUAAUUUGAUAUAAGUUUUUGGACGCCA